UUCACCCAAAGGCAGACAUCGCUCUCCCUCUUUAAAAUUAUAUUUGAACGUUGGUUAUGCCGUUUUCUUCGCCAUGGAUGCUCAGCCCUUUCUUGUGACGUUACGUGCGCAUCAUCAUUUUAAGAAAUCGGUGCCUUUCUUUCCCAGGCACUGUAGCACUUUUCCUUUAACUGCAAGUACUAACUAUAGUUAACACUGUCUUAUAGCCAUCAUUGCUCCCAAUCGAAUUUUUGCGCUGCCCUUAAACAACAGUUACUGUAUUUUGCAUCACAAAAAAAUACCAGACAGACAAAAUAACCUGCGAAGACAGGUGAACCGACAGCUUCUCCAAGAAGAGAACAAGAAAAACAGCAACGCAAACAAAGCUGGAAAGAAGUGGCAGCCUGGUAUCAAAAGCAUUCUCUCAACCAAUGAGUCAGUACUGAGGAGUAAGCCUGCAGUCUUGGAGUUUCCAGACUAAUCCUUCGGCCAACAGGUACAGAAUGGAUGCCAAUCUGGAUUCCAACUCAACAUCUAUCAACAAACCUAACUGGUUUCAGAACCAAUCACAGGAAAAUCCUUACCACCAGUACAACAUAAGUUAUGUCGGAUUUUAUCUACAUCAGCCUCCGGUGGCAGCUGUUUUUAUUAUCUCUUACCUUCUCAUAUUCCUGAUGUGCAUGGUUGGAAAUGGAGUAGUGUGUUUUAUUGUACUAAGAAGCAAAUACAUGCGCACAGUUACAAAUCUUUUUAUCCUGAACCUUGCUGUCAGUGACCUUCUUGUUGGCAUAUUUUGCAUGCCAACCACGCUACUGGAUAAUAUAAUAACAGGCUGGCCAUUUGGAAGCAUGGUUUGCAAAAUGAGUGGAAUGGUCCAAGGAAUAUCAGUAUCUGCCUCAGUAUUUACUCUGGUUGCAAUUGCCGUUGACAGAUUCAGAUGUAUUGUGUACCCUUUCAAGCAAAAACUCACUAUUUCAACUGCUGUCUUGAUCAUAGUGGUCAUCUGGGUUUUGGCAAUCUCAAUAAUGUGUCCAUCUGGAGUUAUGCUGCAAGUAACUGAAGAGAAAAGUCUAAGGGUCAUUUUGGGAGAUGACAAUAAAACAAAUCCAUUCUUUUGGUGCAGAGAAAAUUGGCCAAAUCAGGAAAUGAGAAAAAUCUACACCACUGUUUUAUUUGCAAAUAUAUAUCUUGCUCCUCUUUCACUUAUUGUGAUUAUGUAUGCUAGAAUUGGCAUAACCUUAUUUAAAACAAGCAUGCCAAUUGGUGGAAAAACCGGCCAUGAAAACCAGCAAACUGUGUCAAAGAAAAAGCAAAAAGUAAUCAAGAUGCUGCUGAUUGUUGCAUUGUUAUUUAUUCUUUCCUGGCUUCCCCUGUGGACAUUGAUGAUGCUUAGUGACUAUGCCAAUCUUAGCGAGCAUCAGUACAGGGUGAUCAAUAUUUAUAUAUAUCCUUUUGCCCACUGGCUUGCCUUCUUCAACAGCAGUGUUAAUCCCAUCAUCUAUGGCUAUUUUAAUGAAAACUUUCGCAGGGGAUUUCAGGCAGCUUUCAAGUUCCAGUUGUGCUCAGCUGAAAUGGUUCGUAGAGAGGCCUAUUCUCACAGGGUGCAAGGCAAUGCAGUUUUACCAGCAGGGAUACAAGUUGUCCGAGAACUGCCAUCUCGACAUAAUCGAGCUGAAGGAAAUUGUUCUCAAACAAACAGUAAUGCAAAUGAACAAGAUCUGAUUAUGGAAGACCUUGAAAAGAUUUCCAAUAACAAUGGGAUUCAGAAAGAAUCUUACUGAAUGCAGCUGAAUUACACAAACAUGAAUGUAUUGUAAAAAAAAAGGAGUUAAUUUCAUUAAAUGUUAUUAUUUUAUGAGGAAAUUAUGAACGAUUAUGAGAAUAUGAAAAGUGUCUCUGUAUCAUAAUCAUUGAUAUAUAUAUAAAUAAUGUUUGUAUUGUAAAGGCUAAUGGCAGCAAAAUUUCACUUAACACAAAUUCUUUCAGUUGCUAUGCCUAAAAUAGAAUUUUCAUCUUAUUUUAGUCAUGUAAAGAAAUCAGCAAAAAGUUAAUAGUUUUCAAAUGGUCAAACAAUACUGCUAUCAGUCAAUUAUGAUAAGCACCAUAUGUUCUUUUGAGUAAUGUGCAAUAAUAAUAUGAAGUUAAAAGAUAUCUUCAGUUUUGGAACUGAAUAAGUUGUGGUCUCCCAGUGUUACACAGCAGGUCAACGGAUCCCAAAACAUACAGAAGCUACCACUUGAUACAAACAGAAACUAAUGAGAUCUGAAAUUAAUAAUACAGGUAUUUAUUCUUGUAAUUAUUUAAUGCUCGAAAUGCUAUAGACAUCUAGAGCAAAUCUUUCUAAGUUAAUUAAUAGAUCGCAAAAAUGCAAUAUGUUUCCUUAAAAGAACAGUUAGCUCUACUUGUGUUUAGAGUAAAAUGUGAAAAUCUAAA